UUGGGGGAAUCGUGGACUUGUUGCAGGGUGAUCUGUGGCUCCAGAGUUCGAGUGGAAGUGUCGACGGGCAUGCCCCGUCGCUCCCGUUACGACAGGCCUCCUGCACGGCGCCCCUUUGACCCCAACGACAGAUGCUAUGAGUGUGGUGAGAAAGGCCACUAUGCCUACGACUGCCAUCGCUACAGCCGCCGGAGGAGGAGCAGGUCCCGGUCUCGAUCCCGCUCCAGGUCCCGAGGAAGAAGGUAUUCUCGCUCACGCAGUCGAAGCCGUGGUAGGAGGUCAAGGUCAGCUUCCUACCGCAGGUCCAGGUCAAUCUCUCCUCGUAGGUAUAGAUCAUUUUCACCUCGCAGAUCACGGUCUGGCUCUUUAAGGAGAUCAAGAUCUAGGUCCAGAUCACGCUCAAGGUCUCGGUCUGUUGUAUGGCCUCGAAGCAGGUCUGGGUCCCAUGGUAGAUCUAAAUCUGGCUUACCUGCUAAAAGUCGCUCAAAGUCAAGAUCACCAUCUCCAAAGAGAAGUCAUUCACCAUCAGGAAGCCCUUGAAGGAGGAAUGCAUGUCCUGAAAAAAUGGAUUCAAGUUAAAAGGUUAAAGUUUAAGAAGAAGAUUUAUUUUGUUUACAUUAUUAUAAGGGAUUUUGUGGUGUCUUUAUAAACGCAAGGGCUUAGUCCUAGAAGGUUGUUUCUAUUGCCUAACAACAGGCAUGAAUUUGGAUCUUUUAAAAGUAGACUAAUGCAAAACUCCUUUGUUGUGUUAAUGUUCAGUGAUCUGGAAAUAUAGGGCUUUUUGUAUUUGGUGCAUUGGAAUAAACAGUGCAUUUCUAACUAAGAGA